UGUCUUGACACUUUUCGUUUGCAAUUGCAGUCUUCAGUUUGGACCAUUUGCCAGCGGACGUGUUGUUUUGCAGUGCAGUGAAAUGCAAUGGCCAGUGAUCAUACGGUGUUGGUAGUAGUUUUCAUUUCCAUUAUGGUCAUCAUAUUUGGUAUAGGUCUGUUUUUGGUGCCAAUACUUGGCGCGCCGGAAAUUGAACACAGCGAAAAGUGCCCUUUCCGUGAUACCGUCGAUCUUACGAAUCACACGCGUCUUCAAAACGGUUCAUAUCUUUACGAUGGCAUUUUGAUAGCGGCAGAUCAAUUGUCCUAUUACAAAUAUCGAUUGCAGUUCCUUAACACCACCCAGCCAGCUGAGCUGCAUCUGAGAGGGUGUAUUUGCGACAAUUCUAAGAAUAGAUUCUGUACGAAAUUGUGCUGUGAACGGGGUAAGUUUUUCAAUCAGACGUCGCGUCGUUGCGAAACGUUGGCGAAUACCAGCGGCGUGCCAGAGGAAAUGGAAAUUUUGCUGAAAAAUAAGUCACACAAAACUUGGAAUAUUUUUAAACAUUUUGUCAUACAAAUCGGUGCGCCAUGCGAGAAACCUCAGGUUCUCUCAAUGACAGAUGAUCCUUGGAUAUUGUUUGAGAAUGGCGAACUGUGGGUUGAAACCGAUUACACCAAAUUGGAUACGGUACACUAUUGCAUCUCACCACAGUACAAUGGAACGAGCAAAAAACUAGAACUAAUGGCCAUGAGUUGUCCGAUGAAAAAUGAUCCAGACUCUUCAAUGGUAUUUAACACUUACAGCAUGCUGAUAUCUGUGGUAUUUUUCAUACCUACCAUCCUAAUUCAUUUAGCUGUUAAGGAAUUGCGCGACAGUUUGACAGGCAAACUACAGACAUGCUAUCUGAUUGCAUUGGUGGCAGGAUACUCAAUUAUUGUCUUUAUAAACAUCUUGCCGGAGCGAUGGCCGGAACCAACAUGUCAAGCAAUAGGAUUCUCGGGAUAUUACUUCUUCAUGUCAGCCUACUUUUGGUUGGGCGUCCUUUGCUAUGACAUGUGGAAAACCUUUGGGGAGUAUAGAAAACCUGUGGAUAGUAGUCGUGAAAUUAUGAAUCGUUUCAUUAUUUAUUCUGCUUUUGUCUGGGGCACUGCUGGUGUAUUGACGCUGAUUGUCAUCUGGGCCCAGUUAAACAAAGUUGUGCCGAAAAUCUAUAAGCCCGGCAUUGGUUUGGAAAUGUGUUGGUUGGAUACUCGUAAAUGGUCUGCAGCUUUAUAUUUUUAUUUACCCAACUGUAUCAUUAUGCUGUUUAAUAUUGCGGCUUUCGUUCAGGUGUCAACGGUGAUCUAUACAGUUAAGCGAAAUGCUUUAAAAUAUAAAACAAACCAAGAUAAAGCUGCAAAAAGGCAAGUAAUUAUCAUUCUACGUCUUUUUCUUAUCAUGGGCAUAUCCUGGAUAAUGGAUAUCAUAUCGUAUUGCUUCCGCAAUUAUAAGUCGUUGGACUUUCUCUUUAAUGUAACCGAUUUUUGUAAUGCCUCGCAGGGUGUUUUAAUAUUUUUUCUAUUCAUAUUUCGUCGCGAUGUCUUGAAGGCGAUUAAACAACAAUUCGGAACUCGUAAAAAAACUACUGUGAAUAAAAGUAACGAAAUGGUUCUGACCAUACAAAGCCAACUGUCGAAGACCAGUACCAUUCCACGUACACCAUCUACCCCGCAUGAUUCUGCACCACUACCAUAGAAGACAAACCGAAACAAAUGCAGCAGCAAAUUUAACAAAAUAUAUGUUUUAAAAAAAAUUAAAUAUAUGUGUGCAUAGUAAAUAAAAUGCUUUUGAACAUUGGCGAACUUA